CCCGCCUACUCCUAUAAAAAACAGCUGCGCCUGUCCUGUAGUUCUUCUCUUUCAUUAAGCGCAGAGCGGAUUGUCUGGUUGCUUCAGCGGAGCUUCACUGUCGAGAACCAUGGCCGAACUGCAGGAGCGUACCUUCAUUGCCAUCAAGCCCGACGGUGUGCAGCGCGGCAUCAUUGGCGAGAUCAUCAAGAGGUUCGAGACGAAGGGCUUCAAACUUGUUGGCAUGAAGAUGCUUCAGGCCUCUGAGGACCUUCUAAUGCAGCACUACAUUGACCUUAAGGACAGACCCUUCUUUCCUUCCCUCGUCAACUACAUGAGCUCUGGUCCAGUGGUUGCCAUGGUGUGGGAAGGAAAGGGAGUGGUGAAGACUGGCAGAGUCAUGCUGGGUGAGACUAACCCUGCUGACUCCAAACCUGGAACCAUCAGAGGAGACUUCUGCAUCGACGUCAGCAAGAACAUUAUCCAUGGCAGUGAUUCAGUGGACAGUGCCAAAACUGAGAUUUCCCUGUGGUUCAAAUCAGAAGAGCUGGUCAACUACACAAGCUGUGCCUUCAGUUGGCUCUACUGAGCUGUUCAGGAUCCCUCUGCUCAGACCCCUGACACUUUGCCUCAGUCUUCGUCUGUAGCUUAGAUGAGGAACACGAACACGACCCACAUUCCCCCACCCAUCUACUCAUCAUGCUGUCCUUGGAUGUGGUCAUGAGGUGGACCUUGUGUCAUUCCUGAUUUCAUUCCUGGGAGAAAAGAAACUAACAUUCCAUCAAGUCCUGAAUAUCUGUAACUAUGACAAUUUUGUUAAAGGUUGAUCCGCUUUGCAAUAAAUGCACAUGAUCCUAA